CAUAUCAACAUUAAAGGAGAAUUAAAUACAACAUACUUGGGUGCUCAGCUCUGCUCUACAUUUGAGCUUUUAUAGAAUGGGUUGGUUAAAAACUACAAUUCCCACAACACCUCGCCAUUCUAUUUGAUAAAAGGAACUCGCGCAUAGAUCUGAAUCUAUGAGCUCGCGUCUCUCGCUUGGUUAUAGGCGGUUUUCAUACUUGGUCAGUAAAUUCUUAACUGCACUUUUAUUUGCUAACAAAAGAUUAUGUACUGAUUGGCCGCACAGAGAAGCGGAUGUGCUGGUGUAGCACUUCCUAAGAGAAGAUAGGGACCCGAAAGGAAACUGGAAAGGUUUUAAACUGGACUUGCUGUAUGCUGCUCAAAGAAAUCUGCAACGGGACAUAUAGAUGAUUGUUACCAGUCUUCUCCGCUCACUUUGUUGCACAACAUUAAAUGGUAUAUCUAUCAUAUCGGUUUUCAUUAAUACCUAACUCACAAAAGAUGAGCACUACUCCAAGAAAGCGACGCAGAAGUGUAUCUGCAAAUACACAUCCACAUAAAAGAAGCCAAGUGACAAAUCCUCCUUCAGCGCCAGAAAUGCAAACUGAAACUGAGAUGAUUGAAGUGUUGGAAAACACCAGAUUGCCAAGUGAGGAGGUGGUAGAUCUCACUUGCGAAGGCUCGGAGCCCCUGGUGGUUGACUUGACAAACAACGACUCGGUGGUGAUUGUGGAUGAAGGCCCUUGUAGCAGAAGAUCAGGAGGCGGUGCGAGUUAUGUGCUCAGCAGUGAUGAAGAGGACUCCACCGAAGGGGAAGUUUAUGUUUCUGCCAAUGUAGGCAAACCAGCCUUCCUCCCUCCUGUGGUGAACAGCAGCAGUGCCAGGGCUACAUCUGGAACAGUUAGCUGUCCAAUAUGCCUGGACACCUGUGCAGAGAUUCUUCAAAGCGGGCGGCUCAUAGUCUCAACAAAAUGCGGGCACCUGUUCUGCAGCCAGUGUCUCCGUGACGCACUCAAGCAUGCUCAUUCCUGCCCGACUUGCAGAAAGAAACUCACCCAUAAACAGUACCAUCCCAUUUACAUUUAGCAGUAUUCCUUGGAAGUUUUCAUAUGCAUUGCUGAACGUAAAGGUGAAAGAGGCUUCAUAGACCAUUGGGACAGUUUUUGAGUUACUUAUAGAAACGCUUUUUGAUACACUUUUACUCUCCUGUAUCUGUAGACUUGGAUUAACGCGUUUCCAUUUUCAUUCUGGAUCCAUUUAUCCCCAUUCUGAAAAAUCAGCAGAGGUCUUGCUGCUGGAAACUGGAUAUCUUGGAAUGUUCCAUUUAUUAACUGCAGAUUUUGUCAGUUUGUCAGAUUCUAUUCCCACCCUCUUUAGAAACUGACACAACAAAUUAGUCGUCUUUAUAGAGGGGACAGUUCAGUGCAAAGAGCACUUUGUGUGUUCCAGAAAUCCACUUAAAGCAGUUGAUUGAUAAGUGCAAGUUUAAAAAGUUACGCAUGUCCUUCUAUUGUCAUCCUCUCUUCAGUUUAAAACAUUGCUUUGUAAAAGCAUUUUAACUAUAAGAACCAUUGCUCGAGAUUGCAUAAAAUGAUGCAGUUCAUUUCUAAUUAAGUGAAAAAUGGAGCAAAGCCUUUUUUUUUUUUUUUCGUCUUAAAAGGAUGUCAGUCAAUAGGAGAGUUAGUCAUUACUUACUAUUGUACUCAGGAAAUUUUAUUGGGAGGUUUGUAAAAGAAAAGUUUGAAUGCACUGAAAACAUGCCCAGGGCACAGUCUUUACCUGAUUCAGGCCCUUCUGUGAGCAGAUAUGAUGUGUGAACCAGUGCAGAUUAGUGCCACCUCUCAAUAUGGAUGGGAAUGUUUCUAGUCACAUCAAGUUUCUAUGCCCAUUCUGUAAAAUACACAUGUAUUAUUUUGUAUAUAGUGAAUAUUAAAAGUGCAUUAUUUGUAGUAUUGUACUUACUUUGGAAUGUGAUUUAUGAUCUGCUAUUUUGUUUUUUGGGGUGGGGAAUGGUGUUGAGGUUUCAGGUGUUUAGAGAAGGUAACCAACUCACCUUAAACGCUUGGCAGUAUUGACCAAUAUUAGACCAUUUUUGUGGCGAGGUGGGGUAACAGAUUUUAGAUGUGUUUACGCAGACUGCAAAGGAUAGGAAUGGUUGGUUCCAAUACAAAUGAACUGAAAUUCAAGUGCAGCAUCAGUACCUGUACACUAACAUGUGUUUGUGGUGCGAUGAUUAAUUGGUUAAUACACUAAAUUUAUAAUAACUUUUUUUUUUUAACUUUUUGGCACAUUUUCAUUUAGGCAAAACUGACCAUAUAAAUAAAUAAGAAUGUUCCCUUAAUGUGGAUUACGUCAGUCUUUUAUGGAUUAGUAAUAAUUAAACUUGUACUACAGUUGUAACAUAAUCCAGCUUGUUAUUUUCUGUAAUAUAUAUUACUGUUAUAUCAAAUUGUUUAAUUAAGUUUAUAACGACAUGGUUGCUUAAUGCUAGGUCUCCAGAUAGUUUAAGUUUCAUGAUAUAACUAAUCGAAUAAUUCUUAAAUUACCCUCUUUUAUCCUUAACCGCCCAGGACAGAUACAUGUGCUGUGCUUUUUCUGCCUAAAAAAAGUCCAAAAGAGAAGUGAUUUCAGCCAGUAGUACUGUAUGUAAUAGGUGUCGUGAAAAAAAAAAAAACAAUUAUAAAUGUAUCUGUUUGUGUGUGUGUGUGUGGUUUUUUUUUUUUUUGUUGUGUUUCCAUUGCGAUUGUGUGCGUUUUUGGUUUCCGGAUGAUAAACUUUGACAUAUUGUCUUCAUACUUGUAUACUGUGCCCAAAGUAAAGUUCAGUUGUGUUUCAUACCAGAGAAAUGUACUCUCUUUUUUUUUUAUGACACUUUUUAUUUUGUGCAAAGCUGCCCCCACCAAUGUUAAAGCCUCAUAUCUCAGAAACCAUUCAAGGUAGUGACAUUUGUAUAUAAACCCUACAUGCAUAAUGUAUGGGUAAUUGUGACAUUGAGCUCUGACUGGCAGCCGUAUUGAGCUUGCGUGACUUUUUUGAAAUUACUGCUGCAUAGAGACAGAACACAUUGAGUUCCUGUGUUAAUGUUUGGUACACAGCUGUAUUCUGAAGUUUCUCUUCCAGUGUUGCCUGUGUUUAAAAUUGUACCCUUUCAAUGCUGCAUUGGUUUAACCUCCAGCUGUAUCAGUGAUAAAGACCAUUUAACAUGUGGGUAUUUAUAGUUCGUACGCAGUUGUAUUUCAUGAUUCUCUCAAUAAAGUUCUUUUAAAAGGCAGUGUUCGGUAAACUUUGACUGUUUCAGUGACAAAAUAUUUUAACCUCUGACAGCUUUCCUCGUUUUACAUGAGGGGGAGCUUAUAAUUGUCAGUCCACUGCCUACUUCAACUGCUAAUAAAAAAAAAUUGAGAUUUGCCAAUUCCAUGUUUUCAGCACCCUUCAUUUUGACUCUGACCCAAGGUGGCUGACGCAUUGAGGUCAUGUGAAUCUGCAUGCUAAA